AAGGGUGCCCCCACGCUGGGGCUGCGCACGCGCCUUGCAGCCACGCCCAUAGGAAAUAAUCACUUUCUUGAGCGCGAACCUGCGGAGAUGAACCCUUUAACUAAAGUGAAGCUGAUCAAUGAGCUGAAUGAACGUGAGGUCCAGCUCGGGGUGGCAGAUGAGGUGUCCUGGCACUCCGAGUACAAAGACAGCGCCUGGAUCUUCCUGGGAGGACUUCCUUAUGAACUGACUGAAGGGGACAUUAUCUGUGUGUUCUCACAAUAUGGGGAGAUUGUUAACAUUAAUCUGGUACGGGACAAGAAGACUGGAAAAUCCAAAGGAUUCUGUUUCCUCUGCUAUGAAGACCAGCGGAGCACAAUUCUGGCUGUGGACAAUUUUAAUGGGAUCAAGAUCAAAGGAAGAACUAUCCGAGUAGAUCAUGUGUCUAACUAUCGGGCUCCUAAGGACUCAGAAGAUAUGGAUACUGUGACCAAAGAGCUCCUGAAUAAGGGCUGUGGGGCUCGCACCCCCUCACAGAACUCAUCUGAGAGCUCUGAAGAUGACAAACCCACCAAAAAACACAAGAAAGACAAAAAGGAAAAAAAGAAGAGAAAGAAAGACAAAGAGAAGAUUGAUCAGGAGGUACUGGAAGACCAGCCAGCUUCCUCUUCAACUCCUGGAAGCAAGACAAUAAAGGAGAAGGAUGACCCUGGCUCUAAAAAGCAAAGCGGCAAGAACUCAGAGAGGGGUCAGAAGCCAGAGUCCAGGGAGGUGUGGAAGCACCAUUUCAGCUCCCCUGAGGUCAGGACAGCCUGUCGAGGGGGAGCAGAGGACCGGGAGAGGGAGCUGAAGAAGGAGAAGCCUAAGCAUGAGCACAAGUCCUCAAGCAAGAGGGAAGAAAGAGAAGAAAAAAACAGGGAUAGGGAUGGAGGUCGAAGCUCAGAUACACAUUCUGGCCGGCACGAGGGACAUAGCCAUAGAAGUAGAAGUAGGAGCCGAGAUAAAUCCCAUAGGCCUAAAAAGGCAUGGCACUCCCGAGACGCGGACCCCUUGAAUCCCAGUGAUCGCAAACGUCACUGAGGCUGCAGCCUAGGCAGCUGGUUGAUAGAAUUAAAAUGAACUGCAUUUUUAAAAGACGGUGAGAUUCAGUUACACUUUUACUGUUUCUGUGUGUAAAAUCUCUGAGACUACAUUCUUUCAUCCCUUGAAUAUUAGAGUCAUUGAGAGAGCUGUACUUUCAAGAGCCAGAUGUCCUGGAGUUUUGAGCAAAAUCCAUUUUCCCUGGGAAUAUGCUUGGUAUUUAUUAGAGUAUAUAUCCUAAAAUUGGGUUCAUAAGUGUGGCCCUUGAAUUUAUGACCCUGGUUGAUGAUGAAAUGUUUAGGAAAGGGGAAAUGCCAGGUAACUCUAGAAUUCUAGCCUUUAUUCUAGAUGUUAAUAAGAGCCUUUUCAGUGACCUUUCCAGUUGGCAGGUAGACCCAUUGAGCAGAGACAUGUGGCUUAACUAGGUUUAGACAGCUUGAUGUGAAUGUGAUGAUUUAUAACAUCAACUUGAUCCCUAUCUACCCCUGCCUGUAUUUGAAAAUGUAAACUUUUUUUUCUUUUUUGGUUCAUAUAUGUCUCUGCCUUUUUUCCUUGCAAUUUAUUUAUUUAUUUAUUUUUAUCGAGGUGAAAUUUCACAUGACCUGAAAGUAACUAUUUUAACUCCUAUCUAGUUCCAAAACAUUUUCAUCAUUCCAUAAUGAAAUCCUGUACCCAUUAAGCAGUUAUUCUGUAUUUCCUCCUCCUCGUCCCUGACAACCACCAAUAUGCUUUCCAUUUCUAUGAAUUUGCCUGCUCUGCACAGUUUAUAUAAAUGAAAUUAUAUAAUAUAUGACCUUUUGUGUCUACUGUGUUUUAAUAUGUUUUCAAGGUUCAUCCAUGUUUCAUCAUGUAUCAGUACUUCAUUUUCUAUUUAUGGCUGAAUAAAAUUUCAUUGUGUGGAUUUA